AUGGCGGAUGGUGUGGACCACACAGACAUUUACGUGGAUGUGGGCGAAGAGUUCAACUAGGAAGGUGAAUAUGGUGGGCAUGAUCUGAUAGAUUUGUAUGAUGAUGUCAUCUCUACAUCUGCAAAUAAUGGAGAUGCCCCAGAAGAUCAGGAUUAUAUGGAUACUCUCCCACCAACUGUUGGUGAUGAUGUGGGUAAAGGAGCAGCACCAAAUGUUGUCUAUACAUAUACUGGAAAGAGAAUUGCAUUGUAUAUUGGAAAUCUAACAUGGUGGACAACAGAUGAAGACUUAACUGAAGCAGUUCAUUCUUUGGGAGUAACUGAUAUUUUGGAGAUAAAAUUUUUUGAAAAUCAGGCAAAUGGCCAGUCAGAGGGGUUUGCUCUUCUUGGUAUUGGAUCUGAAGCAUCCUCAAAAAAGUUAAUGAAUCUGUUGCCUAAAGGAGAACUUCAUGGUCAGAAUCCUGUUGUAACUCCAUGCAAUAAACAGUUCCUGAGUCAAUCUGAAAUGCAGUCCAGGAAAACUACACAAUCAGGACAAAUGUCUGGGGAAGGUAAAGCUGGUCCUCCGGGAGGCAGUUCACGUGCAGCAUUUCCACAAGGUGGUAGAGGACAGGCCUGUUUUCCAGGGGCUGUUCCUAGUGGGGACAGAUUUCUUGGACCAGCAGGACCAGGAGGGUCACCUCCACCUUUUCCAGCUGGACAGACUCCACUGUGUCCAACCUUGGGUCCUCCAGGCCCACCCGGUCCACCAGGUCCUCCACCUCCUGGUCAGGUUCUGCCUCCUCCUUUAGCUGGGCCUCCUAAUCGAGGAGAUUGCCCUCCACCACCAGUUCUUUUUCCUGGACAACCUUUUGGGCAGCCUCCAUUGGGUCCGCUUCCUCCUGCUCCUCCACCUCCAGUUCCAGGCUACGACCCCCCUCCUGGUCCACCACCUCCACAACAGGGACCACCUCCACUUCCAGGCCCCUUUCUGCCUCACCUACCUGGCCCUCUUGGGCCACCCCUUAUGCUCGCUCCUCCUCCGUAUCUUCCUGGACCUCCUCCAGGUGCCCCACCACCAGCUCCACACGUGAACCCGGCUUUCUUUCCUCCACCAACUAACAGCGGCAUGCCUACACCACAUAGCUGGGGGCCACCACCAACAGAUCCAUGUGGCCAGCGUCCACCAUAUGAUAGGGGUGACUGUGGGCCUCCUGGAAGGAGAAUGGAUACUGCAAGAACACCAUUGAGUGACGCUGAGUUUGAAGAAAUCAUGACUAGAAAUAGGGCAAUCUCAAGCAGUGCUAUUUCAAGACCUGUGUCUGAUGCCAGUGCUGGUGAUUAUGGGAGUGCUAUUGAGACAUUGGUAACUGCAAUUUCUUUAAUUAAACAAUCCAAAGUAUCUGCUGAUGAUCAUUGCAAAGUUCUUAUUAGCUCUUUGCAAGAUUGCCUUCAUGGAACUGAAUCCCAGUCUUAUGGUUCUGGAUCAAGACGUGAACGAUCAAGAGAAAGGGAUCAUAGUAGAUCACGAGGAAAGAGUCGGCGUCGUAAAUUCCACAGUGGAGAUCAUCAUGAUGAUUAUUACAGAGAGAGAAGCAGAGACCUAGAGAGACACCGGGACCGGGACCGGGACCGGGACCGAGAGCGUGACCGAGAGCGCGAGUAUCUUCAUCGUUAG